AUGGCUCGCGGUAGAAACACAAAGGCUACACAGGCCGAAGAAGAUGUCGACAUGGAGGACAUGAAGCACGAUGUUGACGAAGCCGACUACAACGAGAACGAAUCCAUGGGCGAGGAAGAUGGCAAUACCCAGAAAACCGGUGCGAAGCGAAAGCAGGCAAUGGCCGACAAGAAAUCACAACUCGACAAAGAAAAGAUCAGAGACUCCGCAAAGCGAUUCCAAUACCUCUUGGGCCAAACCGAUCUGUUUAGACAUUUCAUCAAUAUCCGUGCUGAGCAGGAUGAGGAGUUCAUGGCGAUUUUGGAGGAGACGGAUAAGCUGAACUCUUCCGAUAAGAAGAAGAAGGCGGUGAAGAAGGAUGACCGUCGACACCGGAAAUCCGAAAAAGAAGAAGACGCCGAACUCCUCCAAGAAAACGUCGAAGAAGAGAGAGAGGAGCAGACUGUAUUCACCGAAUCGCCGUCCUACAUCCACGGACAAAUGCGUGAUUACCAGGUCCAGGGUCUCAACUGGCUCGUCUCCCUCCACGAAAACCACCUCAAUGGUAUCUUGGCCGACGAAAUGGGUCUCGGAAAGACCCUCCAAACAAUCUCUUUCCUCGGAUACCUCCGCUACCUCAAGGGCGUCAAGGGUCCCCAUCUCGUCAUGACCCCCAAAUCCACGCUCGACAACUGGGCUCGUGAGUUCAAGAUGUGGACGCCGGAUGUCAAGACGGUCGUUAUCCAGGGAACGAAGGAUGAGCGUGCGGAUUUAAUUGAGAACGUCCUAUUGACCGGAGACUUCGAUGUCUGUAUCGCAAGUUACGAGAUCGUAUUGAAGGAAAAGACACAAUUCAAGAAGUUUGCGUGGGAGUACAUCAUCGUUGACGAAGCCCACCGAAUCAAGAACGAGGAAUCGAUGCUGUCGCAGGUCAUCCGUCUCUUCACAUCCAGAAACAGACUCUUGAUCACAGGAACCCCAUUACAGAACAACCUCCACGAACUCUGGGCCCUCCUCAACUUCCUCCUCCCAGACGUCUUCUCCGACUCCCAAGCUUUCGACUCUUGGUUCGAACAGCAAGAGGGCGACCAAGACACCGUCGUCCAACAACUCCACAAAGUCCUCCGUCCCUUCCUUCUCCGCCGCGUCAAGAACGAUGUGGAGAAAUCACUCUUACCCAAGAUCGAGACGAACCUUUACGUCGGUCUUUCGGAGAUGCAAGUUAAGUGGUACCAACGCAUCUUGGAGAAAGAUAUCGAUGCGGUGAAUGGAGCGGUGGGGAAGAAGGAGGGUAAGACGCGGUUGUUGAAUAUUGUUAUGCAGUUGCGGAAGUGCUGUAACCACCCCUACCUCUUCGAUGGUGCGGAGCCUGGACCGCCGUUCACGACUGAUGAACACCUCGUUGAUAACAGUGGUAAAAUGGUUAUUUUGGACAAGUUGUUGAAGAGGAGGCAAGCACAGGGCUCCCGUGUUUUGAUUUUCUCACAGAUGUCUCGUGUCCUCGACAUUCUCGAGGAUUACUGUUUCCUCCGCGACUAUAAGUACUGCAGAAUCGACGGUUCCACGGCGCACGAAGACCGUAUCGCGGCAAUCGACGACUACAACCGUCCCGAUUCCGACAAAUUCAUUUUCUUGUUGACGACACGUGCGGGUGGAUUGGGUAUCACCCUCAACACCGCCGAUGUCGUCGUCCUCUUCGACUCAGACUGGAAUCCGCAGGCGGAUUUACAGGCAAUGGACCGUGCGCAUCGUAUCGGACAAAAGAAGCAGGUUUACGUCUACCGCUUCGUCACCGAAAACUCUGUCGAGGAAAAAGUCUUGGAAAGAGCCGCGCAUAAAUUGCGGUUGGAUCAACUCGUUAUUCAACAGCAACGCACGAGCGCUAAGACGAACAACAAUGCCUCCAAGGAUGAUUUGUUGGGUAUGAUCCAGCAUGGUGCCGAAAGCGUGUUUAACAAACGCGAUGGAGGGACUAUGACGGAGGAUGACCUUGAUGCUAUUCUGGCGAAGGGUCAGGAUAGGACGAAGGAGUUGAAUGAGAAGUAUUCGAAGCUUGGUGUUACUGAUUUGGAGAACUUUACGUUUGAUUCCGCAUACGAGUGGAACGGGACGGAUUAUCAGAAGAAGAGCGCGGGUCUGGGACUGGCGUGGAUCAACCCCUCCAAACGUGAACGCAAAGAGCAGAAUUACUCCAUGGAUGGGUACUAUAAGGGUGUUCUCAAGACUGGUGGUAGAGUCGCUGGACAGCCUAAAGCGCCGAGAGCGCCGAAACAGACCAACGUCCAGGAUCACCAGUUCUAUCCUGUGAGGUUGACGGAGUUGCAGAAUAAGGAAACUGCGUACUACCGGAAAGAACAGGAAUACAAGGUUCCCCUCGCCGAUGGACCCGAUGACGAUCUUGAUAAACGUGUGAAGGAGCAGGAGGAUGCGCAGAGGGAGAUUGAUGAGGCGGAACCGUUGACGGAGGAGGAGGUUGCGGAGAAAGAGGAGUUGUCGACACAGGGAUUUGGGCAAUGGUCCCGUCGUGAUUUCCAGCACUUUAUCCGUGCGAAUGAGAGGUAUGGUCGGGAGAACAUCAAAGCUAUAGCUGUGGAGAUCGAGGGCAAGAGUGUUGAGGAGGUGGAGGAGUACGCCAAAGUCUUCUGGGACCGCUAUGCCGAACUCGCUGGCCAUGAACGCUUUAUUGCACAGAUUGAAGAAGGGGAGUCGAGGUUGAAGAAACAGUCCAAGCAACAACAAUUGCUGAGAAAGAAAAUCGAGAUGUACCGUGCGCCACUCCAACAACUCAAACUCAUCUACGCACAAAACAAGGGAAAGAUCUACACCGAAGACGAAGACCGAUUCUUGCUUGUUAUGCUCGACAAGUACGGACUUGAUCGGGAGGAUAUCCAUGAGAUUAUUCGAGAGGAGAUUAGGGAGAGUCCGUUGUUCCGGUUCGACUGGUUUUUUAAGAGUAGGAGUGUGGAUGAGAUUAAGAGGAGGUGUUCGACGUUGUUGUUGGUUGUGAUGAAGGAGAUGGAUGGGUCGUCGAAGGAUAAGAGGGGGGUUGAGGAGGAGGAGGAGGAGGAAGGGCAGGGACAGCCGCCGGCGAAGAAAGCGAAGGGGGCUGCGGCUGAGAAGAAGGGUGCGACGAGCGCAGUCAAGAAAGCUGGCUUGAUUUUUGAAUGGGUUGCCUGGAUGUCGGUGAGGCUGCGCAAUGCGGCUCAGCGUAUCGCGCGGCUCGGUAUCUCAUCUGAUGCAAGCCGCGCUGUUGGCAGUGGGAUGCCAUCACUAUUAGGAUUACUCACAGGCAAAGACAAGGAGAAGGAUAGGGACAAGACCAAGAACGGAGAGAGAAAGGACAAGCCGGUCAUCAUCCGUGCAGGCCGUGGCGGAGCGGGGAAUAUCCGCAGAGAACGCUCACCGGCACCCACAUCACCGACCAUCCCCCAGUCACCCUCCUCGCCUGCCUUCCAAUCGCCUUCCAAGAAACCUCAACACGGAGUACUCACACCACAUAAACCAGUGAGGGUUAGCAUCGGCCGCGGCGGCAGCGGGAACCUAUUCCCGGAAUCACAAGUCGCGGCAGGCGAGGAAGAUGAGGUAUUCGAAGAGGACGAGCCAGCGUUGAGGCGAGUCAUGACUAAUACGUCCAACAACUCUAAGGCGAGCUCGAGGGAUGAGGUGGUGAGAACGGGACGUGGUGGAGCGGGGAAUAUCAAACGUGGACCCACGCCGAAGGGGGAGAGGAAGAGUGAGGAGGGCGUCGUGUUGGAAGGGAAGCCGCAAGCGAGGAGGAGGAGAAGUUCGGGGUGGUCGUUUCUGAGCUCGUCGUCUAUCCACUCACACUCCGACGCUGAUACCCACCCUCAGCACCAGGGAGAGGGAGGAGGAAGCCACCACCUAGGACCCCGCCCCCGCAAAAUCUCACACUCCCGUCCCUCAGCCGACGCUGCAGCCGUACCAACCCUCGCACACACCUCAACAACCCAAAGCGAAGACGCGGAUGCACUUAUGCCCCUCCCCACCGAAGACUCCGACACCCAAACUCACACGCACGCUCGGGCCCGUGUGGGGUACUCGUUGACGAAUGCGGUUACGAGGGAUGGUGGCGUAGUCGUUGAUUUGGCGCCGAGUGCUUUGACGCCGACUUUGACGCCUGCUACGAAUCCGAUGGAGGGAGUGAGGCCGGUGGCGAGGAGGGUUGGUUCGUCGGAGUCGGCGGGGAGUGGGAAUCGUGCGCCUGGGCCUGGGCAUGUGAAGAGAGGGAUGUUUGGAGGGGGUGGGAGGGGAAGUGGAGAGUGGGAGCAUGCCAUUGCUGACGAGGACGAUGGUCAUGGUGCGGGGGGCGAGAGGGGUGGGGUGAGGGGGUUGAUGGGGAGGUUGAGGAGGUGGAGUACGAAUGAGUCGGUUAGGAGGGAGUAG